AUGAAUGCCGCCGCCGACUCGUCUCGCCUCGGAGGCGUCUUUGCCACCCUCGGCCUGCUCACGGCCGUCCUUGCCGUCACCAGGGCCAUCCAGUUUGUGAGCGUCUACCUGCUACCUUCCCGCAUGGCUCGGUACGCCCAUGCCACCAACGGCCAGCCGCCCUGGGCCCUCGUAACCGGCGCCUCGGACGGUAUCGGCCGUGGCUUUGCCGCUGAGCUCGCCAAGCAAGGCUUCAACGUGGUGCUUCACGGUCGCAACCGUGCCAAGCUCUCUUUCGUCAUGACUCAACUGCAGGAACGCCAUCCUGACCGGUCCUUUCGCAUUCUCAUUGCCGACGCUAGUAAGGUAGCCUGCCUCAACUGUAUCCGUCCUGUCCACGGCCAGUCGCACCUGCAUGACCAGGACGACGAGUCGGCUGCGUCUCUCCCUACCGACUUUGACGCUCUGCGUACUGCCAUUGAAGGCCUCAACCUCACCGUCCUCGUCAACAACGCCGGCGGCGGUGCCGUCAACCCUACCUUCCUGUCUCUUGGUGAAUCUUCUGAGGCUCGCAUCACCGGCAACGUGAGCCUCAACGCCCUCUUUCCUCUACAUCUCACCCGCGCCCUGCUCCCGACCCUGCGUCGCAACUCUCCUUCACUCGUCGUCAAUGUCAGCUCGCUCGCCGACAACGGCCUGCCCCUGCUCGUGUCGUAUUGUGCUAGCAAGCGCUUCUUGCUGACCAUGACGGAAGCUGUCGUCCGAGAAAUGAAGCUCCUCGGCAAAGGCGGCGACGUUGAGCUGUUGGGUGUCCGUGUGGGCAAGACCACAAAUACGGCUUACUUUACGGAAAAGCCAUCCUUCUUCACCCCAGACUCCCAGACUAUGGCCCGUGCCGCCCUUGAAAAAGCCGGCUACGGCCAUGGCGUCGUUGUUGGCUACUGGGCUCAUGCCCUGCAACAUAUCCUCAUAAAGGCCAUGCCCCUCUGGGUCAAGGACAGAGCCUUCAUCGCUGCUGUGCAAAUGGAGGCGGCAAAUGAUCGUAAAUCUACCUAG